AUACUUGCUAAGCAUCAGUUAGAACGUAUUCCCCGAACGUUUUCUGAACACGUAACUCUUCUCUAUGAUAAUUAUCACGAAGUUACCAAUGAAAUUAAGAAACAUAUUCCACUCAUUGAUAAAAGAUAUCGUGAUAUUGUCAUUAAAAAUGAAGAAUUUUUUGAUUCCCUUAUCGAUCUUACCAGAGAAUACAAUCAUGGGUACAUGGAAUAUGUACGUAACCGGGAAAAGUUUUUCAAGAAAAUAGGAAACAGGGAGAUUGACUGUGUACAAUACGAGUUAUUACGGAUUGCCUUGCAAAUAUACUUUGAUGAUUUCGUAAAGUUAAAAGAAUGCUAUCAUAUGAUGGUCUCUAACAAGAUAAGCAUGGCCACACCUACACGCGCAAACUCUUGCAUGAAAAACAAUCCACUUGCUAGUUGUUUUAUUGCAAGGAUAAAAGGAGAUUCGAUCGAAGGAAUAUAUGAGAGUUUAAAAGAUAUCGCCCUGAUAUCAAAGAAUUGUGGUGGUAUCGGAAUCGAC